CCCAGAACAGUUAUCGGCUGGACAUGAAUAGGUUAAACUUGAAGCCCAAAUUCAAUACAUUUGGGUUUUCAUAUUUCCUAGGGCCUUAGCCCUUAGGCAAGCUGUAACUCGCAACUGCAAACUGUUCUGUUGUAUUGCUCAGCGCCAAAAACCCUAGCUAAUCGCUCCUUCUUCCGCUCUCCUUCUUCCGUCUGCCCCUCUCUGCUUCUAUCGAGAUCGGAAAAAUGGCGACGGGCGAGCAGACAGUACUCCAAUUCGCACCGACGGCGUCUUCGACUACCUUGUCGGCGAAGGUGCACCCGCUGGUCGUUUUCAACAUAUGUGACUGCUACGUGAGGCGGCCGGACCAAGCUGAGCGGGUUAUUGGCACAUUGCUGGGAUCCGUCUUGCCUGACGGAACUGUUGAUAUCCGCAACUCUUAUGCCGUUCCUCACAAUGAAUCUUCCGAUCAGGUUGCAUUGGAUAUUGAUUACCAUCAUAACAUGUUGUUGUCUCAUCAAAAGGUUAAUCCGAAGGAAGUUAUUGUUGGCUGGUACUCAACCGGUUUGGGAGUCAGUGGUGGGAGUGCACUUAUCCAUGACUUCUAUGCUAGAGAAGUUUCCAACCCUGUUCAUCUAACAGUUGACACUGGGUUCAGAAUGGGAGCGCCUGCUAUUAAAGCUUAUGUGUCUGUUAAUUUGUCCCUUGGAGACAUUCAGCUUGCGGCACAAUUUCAAGAGAUCCCACUUGAUCUUCGCAUGAUUGAAGCAGAGCGGAUUGGAUUUGACAUCCUGAAAACAACAAUGGUCGACAAGCUACCAAGUGAUUUGGAGGGGAUGGAAGCCUCAAUGCAGCGGCUACUUGCACUGAUUGAUGAUGUCUAUAAAUAUGUUGAUGAUGUGGUGCAAGGCGUGACUGCUCCAGCUAACAGUGUAGGAAGAUUUAUAUCUGAAGUCGUUGCCUCACUUCCCAAACUGUCUCCCGCUGUAUUGGAUAAGUUAGUCAAUGACAACAUGCAGGACCAUCUGCUCUUGCUAUAUUUGUCGAGCAUAACAAGAACACAACUCAGUAUAGCCGAGAAAUUGAACACAGCUGCCCAGAUUAUCUGAAGAGCUCUCAGGGUUUCUAAGUUCUGGAUUUUUUUUGACGCGUAAUGACAGCAUCGCCAGAGUUGAGUAUCCAAAUAUGAGGAACCAAUAUCGAUUUUGGAUAGUGUGUUUUUUUGGGUCCUUUUUAAGUUGAUCUCAAUGAUCCUGGUUUAGUCCUAAUCACAUCUAUGUACUCUGUAGCCUGAUGGUAAGAAGCUUGGUUCGUUGCAUUGGUUUCGAGAUUGUUGGUGUCUAUAAGUACCUAUUACCGUGGUACCCAACUGAAUCUAAAUGGAUUUUUUUCCAGAUAAGGGUGAUAUAGGUUUAUUUUUUGUAAUUAGGUACUGCUUAAGGGAUUGAAACCCCAUACUGGUUACUUUUAGUAUGGCAUAUUAAGUUUCCGCACAAUUUUAA